UAUAAAGAGAGGAAGACCUCAUCAACUCUAUCAGACUGUAUACGAGCUGGUGAAUGUCAAUCAUGUCUACUCUAUCUCUUACUAUUGGGCUUUUUGCUGCAAUGAUGCUUCUUGUUGGCGUUGAUGCUGCUUCUCUGUCGUUUGCGGAUCGCUGCAGGUUGUCUCCUCACUUUGCUCAACUGUUUGGUGCCCGUUGUGAUCCCCACCUUGUUAAAAAACAAGACUGCGAAGUGGGAGAGUGGAGUACAUGGGGGGCAGUGACCAAAGACUCUCAAGGAGUUUGCACGCAAAGCAGAGAAAGGAAAAUAAACGUUCUUCCCAGAAACGGAGGACGUCCGUGCCCUAGUUUGAACGAAAAGAAAACCCUAGAAUGUGUUACUAAAGCUGGACAAGCAAAACAACUGCUGAAUAUUCUGAAAUCAGGUUUGGGAGGAUUUGGAUCAUUUAGCCCUGGUUUAGGUAGACCAGUAGGUAUUAUUCACAAACAAGUAUUUCAUAGUGUGAACGUCACACUACCAAAAAUAGUUGGACUAAAGGGACAACACAAACGUGCUAUACCUUGUCCUGGUGAUCGUGACAUUGUAAUAAUUGUUGACUCAUCCGGUAGUGUGGACAACUCAGAGUUCACUUCUGCUCUUAAUGAUUUGAGUGAGCUCAUUCCUCUGCUCUGUGGAUAUCAACCUGGUCUGAUAACACAGUGCCAAGCCUACAGACUGGCCAUGAUAACCUAUGGAAACUCACCAAGACUCACAUUUGAUUUGGAUGACAAUCUGAGCAGGCACACAAACCAAAUAAAUGUUCAGAAUGACAUCAAAACAAAACCAUAUUACACAGAUGGAGCGACAGCUACAGGUGAUGCUCUCAAAUUUGCAUGGGAUCGAGUUCUACAGGAAUCUCAUGGAAUGAGACCAAACAGCAAGAAAACCAUUCUUCUGUUGACUGAUGGUCACUACAACCGUGGAACUCAUAAUCCAAUCAAUGUGGCAGAAGACUUGUUCCAAGCUUUCAAUGACCAGUUGUCUAUAGUGGCUUUGGGAAUAGGAAAUAAUAUUGACUACCAAGAGCUGAUAGAUAUCACCAAACAUUACAAUCCUGCAAAUCCGUUGGUCUUUCUCACGGAAACCUUUACCAGUUUUCAUGACAUUGUUGAGGAGAUCAAGAGUCUUCUGACUGACGAUCAAGCAAUAUGCUCUGCAGAUGUUCUUGUCAAGAAACGCUAGUGACAACUACUAACUAAGGAAGUGACAAUUUGAACUUUUUUGUGUGUUGCAUAAUGUACAACAGUAUAAAUUUGUGGUUGCAGUUUUAAUUACAAAAAUAUAGUAAACUGAAAACAUUUUGACAAAUUUUUGCUUUGCGAGAACUUACAGCCUGAAAAACUGAUACAAAUAUAAUUACAAUUAUUACACGUAGCCACCAAGUGUA